GACGCUGCUGCUGAGAAGAUGGCGGCGACGGCGACUCUCCCACUUUCGACUACGGCCUCGGCCACAGCGAUGGCCACCGCGGCUACUCUCGGAGAGGUGGAGGAUGAAGGGCUUCUGGCGUCGCUGUUCCGGGACCGCUUCCCGGAGGCCCAGUGGCGGGAGCGGCCCGACGUGGGCCGCUACCUCAGGGAGUUGAGCGGCUCGGGGCUGGAACGGCUGCGGCGCGAGCCCGACCGCCUGGCCGAGGAGCGAGCGCAGCUGCUGCAGCAGACGCGCGACUUGGCCUUCGCCAACUACAAGACCUUCAUCCGCGGCGCCGAGUGCACCGAGCGCAUCCACCGCCUCUUUGGCGACGUGGAGGAGUCGCUUGGCCGCCUGCUCGACCGCUUGCCCAGCUUCCAGCAGAGCUGCAGGAAUUUUGUGAAAGAGGCUGAGGAGAUCAGCUCCAAUCGCCGAAUGAACACCCUGACUCUAAACCGGCACACGGAAAUCCUGGAAAUCCUGGAGAUCCCUCAGCUCAUGGACACCUGUGUCCGGAACAGCUAUUAUGAAGAGGCCCUGGAGCUUGCAGCCUACGUACGCCGACUGGAAAGGAAAUACUCCUCCAUCCCUGUCAUCCAGGGCAUUGUGAAUGAAGUGCGCCAGUCCAUGCAGCUGAUGCUGAGCCAGCUGAUCCAACAACUGAGGACGAACAUCCAGCUCCCUGCCUGCCUCCGUGUCAUUGGCUUCUUACGGCAAAUGGAUGUCUUCACCGAGGCUGAGUUGAGGGUCAAGUUUCUUCAGGCCCGAGAUGCUUGGCUCCGUUCUAUCCUGACUGCCAUCCCCAGUGAUGAUCCCUAUUUCCACAUCACGAAAACCAUCGAGGCCUGCCGUGUCCAUCUGUUCGAUAUUAUCACCCAGUACCGUGCCAUCUUCUCAGACGAGGACCCGUUGCUGCCCCCUGCCAUAGGCGAGCACACCGUGAAUGAGAGUGCCAUCUUCCAUGGCUGGGUGCUGCAGAAAGUCUCACAAUUCCUGCAGGUGCUGGAGACCGACCUUAACCGAGGGAUAGGCAGCCGUCUGGACUCUCUGCUGGGCCAGUGCAUGUACUUUGGACUGUCUUUUAGCCGGGUAGGGGCUGAUUUCCGGGGUCAGUUAGCUCCUGUUUUCCAGCGAGUGGCUAUCAGCACUUUCCAGAAAGCAAUUCAGGAAACGGUCGAGAAGUUCCAGGAUGAAAUGAACUCCUACACCCUCAUCUCGGCUCCAGCCAUCCUGAGCAGCAGUAACCUGCCUGCUGCCGUUCCAGUCACUCAGCCGGGGACCCUGCAGCCGCCCAUGGUGCUCUUAGACUUCCCACCCCUUGCCUGCUUCCUCAACAAUAUUCUGGUCGCCUUCAAUGAUCUGCGCCUCUGCUGCCCCAUGGCCCUGGCACAGGAUGUGACUGCGGCCCUGGAAGAUGCCCUUGCCAAGGUAACAAAAGUAAUCCUGGCCUUCCAUCGUGCCGAAGAGGCUGCCUUCAGCAGUGGGGAGCAAGAGCUCUUUGUCCAGUUCUGCACUGUCUUCCUGGAAGACCUCGUUCCUUAUUUAAAUCGCUGUCUCCAAGUCCUUUUUCCUCCAGCUCAGAUGGCACAGACCUUAGGUAUUCCACCCACUCAGCUCUCCAAGUACGGAAACCUGGGGCAUGUGAACGUCAGCGUCGUCCAGGAGCCUCUGGCUUUUAUCCUGCCGAAGAGAGAGAUGGCCUUCUGUCUAGACGACAAGGCGCUAGUCCCCGAGUUCACAGCUCCAGCGCCAGAACCCUCCGCCGAGGGGCCAGUCCUCGAACCUGUCACCCCGGCUUUCCCUGACGGGGGGCAACAGGAGGUGGGAUCCGUGGGACCGCCGCAGGAAGCCGACGAGCCUAGUGCAGGCACUUGA